AUGCAAUCUCAAGAAAGUGGUCUACCUCUGGCGCGCUCAGCCGCGCCUCCUGCUGGUGUGGGAGGAUCAAAAAUAAGCCUCGGAGAUGGUUACCCGCAAGGCUGGAACUUUGACGACGAUGACUUUCGACCGGCGGACGGGCCAGCCUUUUCUGGGUCUGCAUCAUUUCCUCGGUUGAAACACCCACCUCACAAACCACCAAUAUCCAAAACACGGAAGUGGAAAUGGCCUUGGCGGAAGGAGGAAGUUUCAACUGGAGAGCGGAUUAUCGCGUUGAACAGUAGCGCAGCCAACGCGGACUUCUGCUCCAAUUUGAUUUCAACGAGCAAAUACAACGUUCUUUCCUUCGUGCCUAAAUUCUUAUUCGAACAAUUUUCGAAAUAUGCGAACUUGUUCUUCUUAUUCACUGCCUGCAUCCAACAAAUACCAGGCGUAUCACCAACUAAUAAAUACACUACCAUUGCCCCUUUGGCCGUUGUGCUUUUGGCUUCCGCGUUCAAAGAGAUGCAAGAAGAUCUGAAACGUCAUCAAUCCGACUCUGAAUUGAACUCACGACUGGCCAAGGUCCUUACACCUCAAUCAACGUUUGCAGAAAAGAAGUGGUUGGAUAUUCAAGUGGGAGACGUUGUUCGGCUGGAAAACAACGAUUUUAUCCCCGCCGACUUAAUCAUCAUAAGCUCUAGUGAACCAGAAGGCUUAUGUUACAUCGAAACAUCAAAUCUAGAUGGAGAGACCAAUCUCAAAAUCAAACAGGCCUCUCCACAUACCGCCCCCCUCACCUCACCUUCUCUAGUCAACGCUCUUCACGGUUCCUUGCGUUCCGAACAGCCAAAUAACUCUCUGUAUACGUAUGAAGGCACUUUAGACCUUAUAUCGGACGGAGGGAUUCCCAAACAGAUUCCGCUCGGCCCAGAUCAAGUAUUACUACGUGGGGCGCAACUUCGGAACACCCCGUGGGCUUAUGGACUUGCAGUCUUCACAGGACAUGAAACCAAGCUCAUGCGCAACGCAACCGCUGCGCCCAUCAAGCGAACGGCGGUAGAACAUCAGGUCAAUUUGCAGAUCGUCUUUUUGUUCAUUUUAUUGCUGGCACUGUCCGUCGGGUCUACUAUUGGAAGCAGCAUCCGAACCUGGUUUUUUUCCAGUUCACAAUGGUAUCUUUUCGAAUCGACGUCACUAUCAGGUCGAGCCAAGGGUUUCAUUGAGGAUAUCCUUACCUUUAUCAUCUUGUAUAACAAUCUUAUACCCAUUUCCCUCAUCGUAACUAUGGAAGUCGUCAAGUUUCAACAAGCCCAACUAAUAAACUCCGACCUCGACAUGUAUUAUGCUCGCACCGACACGCCAGCACUCUGCCGUACAUCAUCUCUCGUCGAGGAGCUGGGUCAAAUUGAAUAUGUUUUCAGCGACAAAACGGGGACACUCACGUGUAACGAAAUGGAGUUUCGAUGCUGCAGCAUUGCCGGAACAGCAUACGCCGACGUAGUAGAUGAAACGAAGCGGGACGGAGAGGAUGGGAAGGAUGGGUGGAAAACAUUCACAGAAAUGAGAUCAAUGCUGGAAUCAACUACUGCGGCAGAACAAGAAACAACCGUUAUGCACGAGUUCCUGACUCUUCUCGCCGUUUGCCAUACUGUGAUCCCAGAAGUCAAGGAUGGGAAAACUGUGUAUCAAGCGAGUAGUCCGGACGAAGCAGCUUUGGUCGCUGGAGCUGAACUUCUAGGGUACCAGUUCCACACCCGGAAACCAAAAUCUGUUUUCGUCAAAAUUCAAGGUCAAACCCAGGAAUUUGAUAUUCUCAAUGUUUGCGAAUUCAAUUCGACGCGCAAGCGAAUGUCGACUAUAAUUCGAACUCCAGAAGGGAAGAUCAAGCUGUAUACGAAAGGUGCUGACACGGUCAUACUAGAACGGCUUAGCAAAAAUCAACCGUUCACUGAGAAAACUCUGGUUCAUCUGGAGGAUUAUGCGACAGAUGGUCUGCGAACGCUUUGUCUCGCGUUUCGUGACAUCCCUGAGCAAGAAUAUCGACAGUGGGCGAGUAUCUAUGACCAGGCCGCAUCAACCAUCAACGGACGUGGAGAAGCCCUUGAUCAGGCUGCCGAACUAAUCGAAAAGGAUCUCUUUCUCCUGGGUGCCACGGCUAUUGAAGACAAGUUGCAAGAUGGUGUUCCCGAUACCAUUCACACAUUACAAAUGGCCGGGAUCAAGGUGUGGGUUCUGACUGGGGACCGACAAGAGACUGCUAUCAACAUCGGAAUGUCUUGCCGACUGAUUUCAGAAUCCAUGAACUUAGUCAUUGUCAAUGAAGAGAACUCCAAAGAUACGCAGAAUUUUUUGACAAAACGCCUUUCUGCCAUAAAAAACCAACGGAACUCCGGUGAACUUGAGGACCUUGCGCUUAUCAUUGAUGGGAAGAGUCUUGGCUUUGCUCUGGAAAAAGACUUGUCAAAAAUAUUCUUGGAGCUUGCUAUCAUGUGCAAGGCUGUAAUCUGUUGCCGAGUAUCACCGCUGCAGAAAGCGCUUGUCGUGAAAUUGGUCAAGAAAAAUCAAAAGGCUAUUCUCCUCGCCAUUGGUGAUGGUGCCAACGAUGUCAGCAUGAUUCAGGCAGCCCACGUCGGUGUCGGCAUCUCUGGAGUUGAGGGACUUCAAGCCGCUCGUUCAGCUGAUAUUGCCAUCUCGCAAUUCCGGUUUUUGAAAAAACUUCUUCUAGUUCAUGGCGCCUGGAGUUAUAGACGGUUGUCCAAACUUAUCCUUUAUUCGUUCUACAAGAAUAUUGUGUUGUACAUGACGCAAUUCUGGUAUUCGUUUUUCAACAACUUCUCAGGCCAAAUUGCCUACGAGUCAUGGACAUUAUCCAUGUACAACGUUGUUUUCACUGUCCUCCCUCCACUUGUUAUCGGAAUUUUCGACCAGUUUGUAUCAGCAAGAAUAUUGGACCGAUACCCGCAACUUUAUAUCCUUGGCCAGAGAAAUGAGUUUUUCACGAAGACGGCAUUUUGGCUUUGGGUUGCAAAUGCUCUAUAUCAUAGCCUUAUUUUAUAUGGUUUCUCUGUGAUCUUGUUUUGGGGAGACCUCAAGCUGUCCGAUGGUUUUGACAGUGGCCAUUGGUUCUGGGGGACGACUCUGUACCUCGCUGUACUCCUCACUGUGCUGGGAAAGGCUGCGCUGAUCUCUGAUUUAUGGACGAAGUACACGGUUAUUGCUAUCCCUGGGUCGUUCAUUUUCACCAUGUGUUUUCUACCCCUCUAUGCGGUUGUCGCUCCUGCUAUUGGCUUUUCGACGGAGUAUUCUGGUAUCGUUCAUCGGCUGUGGACGAAUAGUGUCUUUUAUUUUGUUCUCAUGUUCAUCCCGAUCUUCUGCCUCGUGCGGGACUUUGUCUGGAAAUACUAUCGCAGAACGUACAUGCCGUCAUCGUAUCACAUCGCACAGGAACUCCAAAAGUACAACAUCCCCGAUUACCGGCCGAGGCAAGAACAGUUUCAAAAGGCAAUCAAGAAAGUCCGUGCAACGCAGCGCAUGCGGCGGAAUCGUGGAUUUGCUUUCAGCCAGACGGAGAGUGCAGGAAAACAGGAGCAGGCCAAGAUCAUUCGAGCGUACGAUACAUCGAAUGCAAGGCCGUCUGGUUACUAG